GCCACACGGACCACAGAGUCAGACGCGCUCCAAGCGACGUUCUAAAGCGCUUUCAUCGUGUUGUCCCAGCCCUUUCAUGUCCGCGUACUUUCGAGGGCAUCCAGUCCUCGCCCUGCAUAACAAGCACAGCAAGCCUCGCAACGUGCUCGGCUUCCUCCGCCCCGCCACAGGCUCCGAGGUCGUCCAAUACAUAAAGGGCUCCGAGUCUCACUUGUGUAGCAGUGCCACUGUUCCAGUUGUGGGGAGCGCAGCGACAUUUUCAAGUUCGCUGUUCACGGGGACUCGCGCCAACUCUUCAACUCUUCUGAAUUCAUCGUCAUCUUUGCGCCGAACACACGCUAGUCUUCUUUUUCUGCAACAAGCUCUAUGGCCACAAGCUCUAUGUCUAGUCAAUCAGCGAAAAAACAAAAACCCUUGUCAUCACUUACCAUUGGUGUCGAGGAAGAGAUCCUCGCACUCAAGAAGGGCGAAAUGCCACCUAAGGAAGAUGAACAUCGACAUAAUGGACACCCGAUGACAACAGUUUGUCCGCCACCAAGCAGACUCCCUCAAGAACUUAUCGACAUAAUCAUCGAUUACAUUCCGGACAGAUCAGCUCUGUAUGCCUGCUGUCUGGCCAGUUCUCUACUUGUUCAUCGUUGCCGCUCGCACCUCUUUCGUCGCAUACGCCUCAAACCACGCACGGAUUUCGCGCGUUUCCAAAGAGCUUACACGUCCAAAGGUCUACUUCAGUACCCGCGGGAAGUCGAAAUUCUCGGCUGCUUGACCCCCGAUGCGGAUCCCGGCGAUGACGCCAAUUCUGGCCUCAACGACGAGGGGGACCCAGAUCAUCGCUGGAUGGACGCGAUCGUCCCCUUCCUGAUGAGGUUCGACCUCGCGCAGAUCGAGUGGCUGGAUCUACGGGACCUCAGCUGGGGAGACAUCGCGCCAGGGACACGGAUAUUCCUCCUUACUCAGUUUACACUCACUCGACGCCUUACCCUGAGCGCGAUCGACUUUUGGAACUCGAACCAGAUGUUGCGCACUCUGAAUGCCUUCCCAAACAUCCACGGACUUUCCAUGGAGAAACUGUCCUGGCAUCGUGCGAACCACACGCGCAAGCAGCUCGAGGGCAUUGCUGAUAUGCAUUUGCGCUACUUGCACAUUGGACAGACGGAGUUUGCACGCUACGGACCGUUCAUCAAGUGGCUUAUAGGACAGCGUGACGUCCUGAUCGUGGACGAGGCGUUCAUCGUCUGGGAAGACACGGAGAUUAUGAGUCCGAUCACGCUGCUUCGACGCCUCGCACCAACACUCAAGUCUCUCAUAUAUCAGCAAUGUAUGAUCUUGCCUGGUUCAGAGCUUGUGGCUGCACGCCUUGCGGCGGUGCAAGCCGCUCAAGGUCAAGCCCAGCAUAUUGCUCCUGUCCCUGUCGUCAACGUCCCGAUGCAGCCUACGCAGGCGCCACAGCCCGCGGAGGUUGAGGACGAGCCAGUCACCGCAGCAAAUGACGGAGGCGAGGACGAGCUUCAAAAUGCGACCGAAGCCGAGGAAGCAGCCGCCGAUGAAGACCAGGCCGAUCCACCGAUGGGCGUAGACCUGAGCGACGACGAAGGAGGAGACGAUGACAAUAAUGAUGGCGCGGACGAUGACGAUGGCGAUGACGACGGCGCGAACGAGGUCAUACAUACGAACGGCCCUCCCAUCGUGAUGGACGAUGACGAGUCAGAAGAGGAAAGUGUCAUCGAGGAGUACAUCGCAGAGCACAGCAGGUGGCCGACGGAGACGGACGCCCUCCGAGAUGGCAUGGCCUUGCUCAAUUCCAUCCCUAUCGAAGGGAGCAGAGUGGAACAUAUCAACGCACGCAUUGCGUGGUCCUCGCUCGCCAUGGUCGGGAUGAAGCUCGUGUGCCAGAUGUGCACGGCCGAGACCAAGGCAUUCAGUCUCCUGUUGGUCCUCCCUCCUAGGCAUCUAUGGGGAAGAAUAGACUGGCUGUCGAUCGACUCGUUGCUCGAUGAUGUAGCGCAGCGUGCUGCGAAGGAUGCUAUACUUGAGCUGUCAUUUUUGGGUGCAUUUGCUCAAGCACAAGAGGAUCUCCCUGAGAUACGAACCUCCCUCACUGCCAAACUGCCUCUUCUACUAGCUCGCAGACGGUGGACUCCCAAAUACGAUAGGAGCAACCUACAAUGAGACUCGAUUGCAGUGGUGAGCACCUCUUUGAUGAUCUGGUCGAUAUUCUGAUCCCGUUGACUUAUCGCCGGACAUGCGCAGAGGCUUCGCUUGAAUAUCAUAA